GCGCAGCCGGGAAAACUGAACGAGACGCUCGAUAAGAUGCUGGCGCUGGAGAAGACGUACCGCCUGGCGGCGGACUUCGUCGCGACGCCGCGGCUGUGCGUCGCGAUCGUCGACGUGCUGCGCGCGUGCGAAGACUGGGACGGAUUGCGAGAACACGUCGCCGCGCUCACGAAACGACGGGCGCAGUUGAAACAAGCGAUCGCGGCGAUGGUGCGACGGUGCAUGGAGUUCAUCGAUGAAGCGCCGGGGGCGGAACAGCGAUUGAAGCUGAUCGAGACGCUGUGCGACGCGACGAGCGGGAAAAUUUUUGUCGAAGUCGAAAAGAGUCGGUUGACGCGAGCGCUGGCGAAGAUGCACGAAGACGAAGGGCGCGUGGCGGAGGCGUGUGGGGUGAUGCAAGAGGUGGCGAUCGAGACGUAUGGGGCGCUGACGAGGCACGAGAAGUUGUUCUUCAUCGAGGAACAGGUGCGGUUGUGCUUGGCGAAGAAGGAUUACCUGCGAGCGUUGAUUUUGAGUCGUAAAAUCAACCCCAAGGUGUUCGACGAGCUGAUUGAGAAGGAGAAGAAGGACGCAGAAAAGGCGGCGCUGGCGGCGAAGAGCGCGACGGAGCUGAGCAUUCCUUCGCUCGAGGCGCUGAAAUUGCGCUAUUACGAGCUCAUGGUGGAGUACUAUAGUCAUAGCGAUGAAUACCUAGAGCAGUGCCGGUGCUACCAGAACAUUCUGGAGUGCGCCGAGGUGAAGCACGACGUCGCGCGGUGGGGGCCGACGCUGAAGAAAGUCGUGUGGUUGGUGUGCCUGAGCAAGCACGAGCCGAUGCAACAGAGCAUCUUACACGGCGUGAAGGGCAACUUAAAGCUGAGCGAUUUACCCGCGCACGAGGCGCUCAUCAAACAGUUUUGCACCAAGGAAAUUAUUCACUGGACGACGCUGCAAGAACGAUACGCCGGGGAAAUCGCCGCGGAGACGGAACUCUUCGGCGGCGAGAAGGGCGCGAAGCGCGUGGAAGACUUGAAGCUUCGCGUGAUCGAGCACAACAUGCUCGUCAUCGCCGCCUACUACUCGCGCAUGUCCCUCAGCAGACUCUCCGAGCUCUUGUGCCUGUCGCCCGAGGAGACGGAGAAGCACCUCUCCUCGUGCGUCGUCGACAAAUCCGUCGCCGCGAAAAUCGACCGCCCGGCCGGUCUCGUCAAUUUCUCCGCCGCGAAAUCCAGCGACUUUUUGCUCAACAAGUGGGUGUCCAACAUCGAUUCCCUGCUCACGUGCCUCGACAAGGCGUCGCACUUGAUUCAAAAGGAAUCCCAACAGUUCAAAGUCGCGCUUUAG